GUGGAGAGUGGGAGCCGAGGAGGAGCUGACGAGACGCUGGGGACAUGGCCGAGGUACCGCCCGGGCCGAGCAGCCUCCUCGCCCCGCCGGGGGACGCCCUCUCCCCCUUCCCCGGAGGAGGGGGGGCCGCCGCCUGCCCCGGGGCCCUGGACGAGGAGGAGGAAGAGGAGGGCGGCCAGGAGCCGCCGCGAGGCGGCGGCAAGGGGGGGCCGCAGCCGCAGCAGCACCGCCUCCUCCACCACCACCACCCGCCGCAUCACAACCACCAGCUCAACGGCCUCAUCAGCCCCGAGCUGCGGCACCUCCGAGCCUCCCUCAAGAGCAAGAUCCUGAGCUCGGAGGGGGCCGAGGGGCCGGAGAACAAGCGAGCCGGCAAAACAAUGGGCUCCGGACAGCCGCCGCCGGCCGCAGCCCCGUGCUCAUCCCCCCUCCCCAACCACCUCCCGGAGCCCCAGGCGAGGACUGCGCCCCCGGCAGCCACAGGGGACAGGAGCCAGCCUGCGGCUGCCACUGCAGCCCGCAAUGGACUGGCUGGGGGGCCUGGCCUGGAGGAGGACGAGCCGGAGGAGGGGGAUGAAGGGGAGGAGGAGGAGUCCCUGCUGCUGCUCUCCACAUCCUUAGCAGCAGGCUGCAGUUUGAAAGGCUCGGGGACGGACUCUCCUCCCGAGGAGGACCUAACGAUACGAUACGUCCGGUAUGAGUCCGAGCUGCAGAUGCCCGAUAUCAUGAGACUGAUCACCAAAGAUCUGUCUGAACCCUACUCCAUUUACACGUAUAGGUAUUUUAUCCACAACUGGCCACAGCUUUGCUUUUUGGCCAUGGUAGGUGAGGAGUGUGUAGGUGCCAUCGUCUGCAAGUUGGAUAUGCACAAAAAGAUGUUCCGCAGAGGUUAUAUAGCCAUGUUAGCAGUGGAUUCCAAAUACAGAAGAAAAGGCAUUGGUACAAAUUUGGUUAAGAAAGCUAUUUAUGCCAUGGUUGAAGGAGAUUGUGAUGAGUCUGGGCAUAGGAGACUUCCUCCAGAUGCUUGUGAUGCAACAGUAACAACUUUGGCUACUUGAACCUCCUAAUAUAUUUCAGAAAAGUUUUCGCUCAUGACCAGGAUUGGAAAAAUCCACAGACCUACUCAUCACUGGAGAGUGGGAAGCUUCCCCUGAUGAGCGAGGAAGCCCAUAUCACCCAUUUCUGCAAAAUUUAAGUUUUUUUAAUUCUUAUCUAAGUUUCUAGUCCUUAUGAUUGGUACAUAGCCAAGCAAGUAUGAAAUGAUGCCGCAUUACAGCUUGUCUUCCUGAGCCUAUAGAUUGCUGCAGUACCUCUGCUGUUGUUAGGUUUUUUCCCAAUCAGUGGCAGAGAGAAUGUAACAAGAUAUUGUUCAGUUUCACUUCUGCAACUCAGAAUACAAUGAACAGUAAAGGAGAAAAAUGUAAAAAAUCUUAUUUUUGUUCAAAAGUGUGCUUGAAAAAUGAGCAUGUUGUCCCAUGUGCAAACAUCGGUUUUUCCCAAGUGCCUGUUUGUUCACCCACUUAAAUAUGUUUAGCUGCAUCUUUGAAACUUUAUCCAUAAAUCUUACCUUGGAACAAAGGUGAGAAAAGUACCAUGUUCCCAGUAAUACUUGGGCAAGUAAUCUGACAAGUUUGUACAAUACUUUUCAAAGUAUUGAAGAGCAAGGGGUAGAUCUUAGGGAACAGUAGGUGAACUGUGAUGUACAUUUAGUACCUAAAGUAUAUGGUGCUGCCCAUUUGUGAUGCUUGAAAGUUUACUGCAACAGCAUAAUGGUAGCUGUCAAAAGUUUCAUCUCUGUUUUGUUUGCUGGUGGUAACAAACUAGGCAAACAUACAAAGUCCCAAGGUAGAAUAGAAUAUCUGAGGCCUUGUCUACACUACCGCG